AUGUGGGCUGAUUCAACGUUAACGUCCUGUCACACUAUGGGAUAUGGUACGUCGUUGUCUAAGGCGCUGAGUGAUCAGGGUAGCGCAUGCGUCAGAGCGGGUCGAUAUGUAGUGACGUCACCUGGACUCAGGCCUCAGUCAGCCGCCAGCGGCCACGACGAUAACAUGUGGCUGAAAUGCUUGACUAUAACCGUGCUUUUCGCGGCGACCGUUUCCCGAGAAGUCUUCACGAAUUCCUUCCUGGUGCGGUUCAAGAGAUCGGUCCGGCAUGACGAGGCUACGGAGCUGGCCGCCCGCCACGGCUUCGAGAGUCUUGGACCGGUACUAGGUUCUGAGACGGAAUGGCAUUUCGCGCAUCGCGGGUUGCCACACGCUCGUCCAAGGCGUUCGAUCGCGCACACAAGGAUCCUGAAACAGCAUCCAUUGGUACACACUGCAGUCCAGCAGACUGGUUUCAAACGCGUCAAAAGAGGAUAUCGUCCUCUGCGCCUGCCGGAGACAGUACCGGCCUCUGAGCCCCGUGAUCCCUACUUUCCGCUACAGUGGUACCUGAAGAACACGGGACAAAACGGCGGGAAACCCAAGCUUGAUCUGAACGUGGAAGCAGCUUGGGCUCAAGGGUACACUGGCGUCAACGUAACCACAGCUAUCAUGGAUGAUGGUGUCGAUUACAUGCAUCCCGACUUAAAAUAUAAUUACAAUGCGGAGGCUUCGUACGACUUCAGUAGCAACGAUCCGUUUCCUUAUCCACGCUACACGGAUGACUGGUUUAACAGUCACGGAACGAGGUGCGCUGGUGAAGUGGCCGCAGCUCGCGACAACGGCGUCUGUGGUGUCGGCGUCGCUUAUCACUCCAAAGUUGCCGGUAUAAGAAUGUUAGACCAGCCGUACAUGACAGAUCUCAUCGAAGCCAAUUCUAUGGGUCAUGAGCCCCACAAGAUUCACAUAUACAGUGCCUCGUGGGGUCCUACAGACGACGGUCGGACUGUGGAUGGACCAAGAAACGCGACUAUGAGAGCUAUUGUGAGAGGAGUUAAUGAGGGUCGUAAUGGCCUCGGUAAUAUCUACGUAUGGGCGAGUGGUGAUGGGGGCGAGGACGACGACUGCAAUUGUGAUGGCUACGCUGCGUCUAUGUGGACUAUUUCAAUUAAUAGUGCAAUAAAUGACGGUCAAAACGCGCAUUACGACGAAUCAUGUUCGUCUACGCUCGCGAGCACAUUCAGCAACGGUGCUCGCGAUCCUAGUACUGGAGUGGCGACCACUGAUUUGUACGGAAAAUGUACUGCGACCCACUCGGGAACGUCUGCUGCGGCGCCAGAAGCUGCUGGGGUAUUCGCUCUGGCUUUACAUGCCAAUCCGAAUCUGACGUGGCGCGACAUCCAGCAUCUAACAGUAUUGACUUCGAAAAGAAAUUCGCUGUACGAUGCAAAGGGACGUUUUCACUGGACUAUGAAUGGAGUGGGCUUAGAAUUCAAUCACUUGUUCGGUUUUGGGGUACUGGACGCCGGUGCGAUGACCGCUCUGGCUGCUAAUUGGCGCUCCGUGCCUCCGAGAUAUCAUUGUGAAGCAGGAUCUGUUAAUACUCACACCGAGAUCCCGACCGAUGGCAGCGUGACCUUGAAGAUCGACACCACAGCAUGCGCGGGCUCCCCCAGCGAGGUGCGCUACCUGGAACACGUGCAGGCUGUCGUCAGCGCCAACGGCACGCGACGCGGCGACCUGGAGUUCUUCCUCACCAGUCCGAUGGGAACCAGAUCCAUGAUUUUAAGCAGACGGGCCAACGAUGGCGACUCCCGGGACGGCUUCACAAAGUGGCCUUUCAUGACCACACAUACAUGGGGAGAAUACCCACAGGGCACAUGGAUCUUAGAGGCUCGGUACAACGGUGGGGGCUCGUCGGGGGGCGAGUGGUCGGGCUGGGUGCGCGGCUGGUCGCUAGUGCUGCACGGCACGCGCGCGCCGCCCUACGCCCAACUCCAGCCUCAGGACCCGCACUCCAAACUCGCCGUCGUCAAGAAAGCACACGAGGACGCCCUCGCCAAGUAACAGCACCCGAUCUCGCGGACGCAUACCUUCUAUCAUUUCACUUUCAGGAGACUUACGAACGCGCAUAACAACCUCGGUAACCAAACGGUGUCUUCGUAUUGUCAAGUCGGCCGUUUCUUCGUUUAUAGUUAUAGGCAAUAAUAAUAUGUAAAGGAGCUUCUGUCUGUGUGCUUAGUGCGAGGUUUUUAACGUUCUCGAUAGCGUAAAAGUUAACUCAAUUUUGUAUGCAGUU